UAUAGUGCCCUUGCAUGCGAACGCUUGAGUUGCAAAAUGGCAUCAACAUUACCAGAUUAUCUUUUCUCAGUUCUCGAUGAAGCUGAAGGCUUGCUAUGCAAUCAGUCAGUCGACAUAAAUAGCCUAGAAAUGCAUGCAGUCAUUUUGGAUAGAACUGUGGGUUUUUUGAGAGAGCUUAGCGAAAGCGACAUUGACGAUCAACAAGAUUGGGUAUCCCUUUCACGUUCUUUUUCGGAUGUUUUGGGAGACAUACAAAACAAGAUUUUCGAAAUUUCCAGAAGACCAACAACACCUGUUCAAAGACAGUGUACAGUAACUCAUACAGGAGAACCAGGAAAGCCAGCAAUCCAAAUUUCAAGCGAAAUGAUUGAAAAUCUUCGAGGCUUGGGGUUUACUUGGAAGCUGAUAGCAGACAUGAUGGGAGUAUCAAGGUGGACUUUGUAUAGAAGAAUGCGAGAGUGCGGAGUUAAUUCUGCUAGUAACUUUAGCCCACUGACAGACGAAGAACUGGAUUCUAAAGUUUCUAGCUAUAUGACCCGUUAUGGAGGAACGACUGGUCAAUCUUAUAUAAUUGGUCACUUACGCUCCCUUGGCUUGAGGGUCCAGAGAAGCAGGGUACGAGAAAGCAUUGCGAGGCUUGAUCCUAAGAAUUCUGCUAUAAGAUGGGGAGUGGUAGUCUCUCGGAGAAGAUAUUAUGUGUCUUGGCCUAACUCCCUGUGGCACCUAGAUGGUCAUCACUCACUAAUACGGUGGGGGUUUGUGGUUCAUGGGUGCAUUGAUGGAUUUUCACGUAGAGUGAUGUUUCUUCAGUGUAACCCCAAUAACUUAUCCCAGACUGUUUUAUCGCUAUUUCUAGAUGCUAUUGAAAGUAGUGGAGGAUUAUGGCCUUCCAGAAUACGAGUUGAUAAAGGUGUAGAAAAUGUUCUGGUUUGUGAUGCCAUGGUUGAAGCUCGGGGCGAGAACAGGGGCAGCUUCAUAGCCGGACCCUCCACUCAUAACCAAAGGAUCGAGCGUCUUUGGAGAGAUGUAUUUCGCUGUGUCUUACAUCACUUUUACUAUGUUUUUUAUGCAAUGGAGGACUCUGGCAUUCUUAAUGUGAUGAAUCCAGUUCACAUGUUUACACUGCAUUUUGCAUUUUUACAACGAAUCAACCAAGCAUUACUCGAGUAUAUGGAGGCUUUCAAUAAUCAUGGGAUUCGGACAGCAAGGAAUUGGUCACCUUACCAGUUGUGGUUAAAUGGCAUAAUGCAUGCGGAUAAUCCUUUAACAAAAGGUAAACUAGAUGAAGAUCCAGUGGACUUUCAGCACUAUGGCCAAGACCCUGAUGCCCCUUCUCCCUUUGAUGAAAGUGAAAACAAUGUUCAGGUGCCUCCUAUCAAUUUAGAUCAUGCAGAUGACAUAACUGUUAAGCUCCAACAAAACAUAAAUCCCUUAGGAUCAUCAACUGAAAUGGGGAUUGAUAUUUACCUUGAAGCUCUUAAAUUUGUGGAAAAUUUUAUUUCUGAACAAAUUCAAUAGCUAUAAUAACUAAAACCCCCUGUUUUCGGUUGAUCACCUGGUAGAAACUUGCUUUUUACUGUCAAAUAACACAUUUUAGUUGACAAGUGACAAUUAAGCCUGAUAAUCAAAAGCUACAAAAGUAGAAAUAAACAAGUGCAACAAAAACAAGGCAACCGAUCUAAAUAGGAAACUGGGUUACUUAGCUGUCUAUGCAGCAAUAUGAUUAAAUGAUUUUUUCCUUGUAAAAAAUUAUAACUCUUAAAGAUUUAUAUUUCAUCCAGAUCAUUUUUGUCUUAUAAUGAUUCGAUUUCCAGAAAAAAAUCCAAGAAAAGGCUAGCAGGUAACAAAUACUUAGCCAAGAUUAAAAACAUUUCUCUGUGCAUUUA